AAGUCCCUUGAGGAGAAUAUUAGAAAGAGAGCACUGGAUCCGCUUGGAGAGCGCGGAAGGAAAGGAAAAGCUCUGUCCAAACCCGCUCGUGGAACGGGGGAGGCGGGGAGCCCGCGUUACUUUCCCCGAAGGCUUCGGAGUCGAGCACGGAAAACAGGGCGACUGGGACGACAGGCGGAGAAGACCAGCCCGAGGGGUGGGGGAGGGGAGGCGGUUCAGUGGGCCUCUGGAGUGUGUGUGUCUGUGUCAGUGCGCGCGCGCGUGUGUAUGUGUGUGUGUGUGUGUGUGUGUGUGUCUGGCGCCUGUCCAGGGUGAUUUCCCGUAAACCACAUGCCCCACAAAGUCCGCUUAAAAGGCUGUGCCGAGGAGCUGGCCAGUGGAGUCGGGCUUGGGGAAAGUGAAAGUUUGCCUGGGUUCUCUCGGCGCCGCCGUCCGUCUCUCCGCACUCCGGGACAGCGGCGCGGCCCUCGGCCAGGGCGCGGGCUCUGCAGCAGCCGGCGAGCGAGCGAGCGAGCGCGGGCGGCCAACGCGCCCGGCCGGGACCCAGCUGCCCGCAUGACCGCGCGGGGCGCCGCCGGGCGCUGCCCUCCCACGCAGGGCAUGGGGAUUCCUGGGGAGAGUGAGAGCUGGGGAGAAAUGACACCCUCUCUAUCACAGACAUGGCUGUGCCCCUGGCUGCUGCUGUUCUGUCUCCUGGUGAGCAGGACUAUUACCGAGGAGGCGUCAGAGAACUGUAGCCACCUGAUUGGGAACGGACAUCUGCGUUUCCUGCAGGAGCUGAUUGACAGUCAGAUGGAGUCCUUGUGCGAAAUUUCCUUUCGGUUUGUAGACCCAGACCAGUUGAAAGAUCCCGUGUGUUACCUUAAGAAGGCAUUUCCCCUGGUGCAAGACAUAAUGGAGGACACCAUGCGCUUCAAAGACAACACCCACAAUGCCAAUGUCACCAUGCAGCUCCAGGAACUCUCUCUGAGGCUGAAGAGCUGCUUCACCAAGGACUAUGAAGAGCAGGACAAGGCCUGCAUCCGAACUUUCAAAGAGACACCCCUCCAGUUGCUGGCAAAGAUCAAGAACGUCUUUAAUGAAAUAAAGAAUCUCCUUAAAAAUGACUGGAACAUUUUCAGCAAGAACUGCAGCAAUGACUAUGCUAACUGCCCCAGCCCAGAUGUGGUGACCAAGCCUGAUUGCAACUGCCUGUACCCCAAAGGCACCCCUAGCAGUGACCUGGCCUCUGUCUCCCCUCAGCAGCCCCUCACCCCCUCCAUGGCCCCUAUGACUGGCUUAACCUGGGCUGACUCUGAGGGGACAGAGGGCAGCUCCCUCUUGCCCAGUGAGCAGCCUCUUCGCACAGUGGACCCGGGCAGUGCCAAGCAGCGACCACCCAGGAGCACCUGCCAGAGCUUUGAGUUGUCUGAGAGCCCAGGCAUGGAGGGCAGCCCUGCCACAGGUUCACCUCAGCCCCGCCCCUCUGUCGGGGCCCCUGUUCCUGGGACAGAGGAUGUUCUCGACUCUGUGUUGGACCCUAACUGGGCCCUAGAAGAAGCCUCCGGAGUGGCUAGUGAGGGUCCGGUACCCCAAGAGGCAGAGCUUUCCUCCUCCAGGCUGGAAGGAGGCAGUGUCCAGGCAGAGACCACCAGACCCAGCGACCUCCUCUCAGCAUCUUCUGCAUUCUCUGGAUUGGCAAAGGGCCGGCAACCGGUGGAUGUAACUGGCACCCCAGUACCCAAGGUGGGCCCUGUGAGACCCACUGGCCGGGCCCAGAGUUACAGACCUGAGAAGACAGAUGGUUCGUCUGCCCCACCCAGAGACCACCGGGAGCCAGGCUCUGCUAGGACCCCAUCACUGCGCACACAAGGCCUCAGCCGUCCCUCCACCCUCUCUGCUCAUCCAAGGCUUCCCAGAAGCCACUCCUGGGGCAAUGUGUUGCCCCUUGGGGAGCUGGAGGGCAAGAGGAGCACCAGGGAUCGGAGGAGCCCUGCUGAGCUGGAAGGAGGACGAGCAAGUGAGAGGGCGGCCAGGCCUCUGGCCAGGUUUAACUCCAUUCCUUUGACUGACGCAGGCCAUGAGACGAAGCACGUGGGACCUGCUGACCCCCAGCUCCCCGGGUUUGUCUUCCGCCUGCUGGUGCCCAGCAUCAUCCUGGUCCUGCUGGCCGUCGGAGGCCUCCUGUUCUACAGGCGGAGGCGGCGGCUCCUCAGUGAGCCUGCUCUUUCCUGUCCCCAGAGCCAUCAAGAGCUUCAGACAGUGGAUGUCCCCAUGGAGCAACUAGAGGACAGCCCCCUGACCCAGGAUGAGGACAGACAGGUGGAGCUGCCAGUAUAGAUGGAAUCCUCCAGCUGGGCGUGCAGGACAGUCUCUCCAUGGGAGGAGACAUUGUGGGAGCAUCCGCCAGCACCCCUCCCCAGCCAUUCUCCUGGGAAUGUGGCCUGCCCACCAUGAGCAAGCACUCCUGCCUGCCAGGACUAGACCAGAGCAGCCAGGCUGGGAUCCCUCUGCCCUCCACCCUCAGACUCUGGAUUGACUAAGAGAGGGCUGGAGGAUGCCCCCCCACGCUGCUGAUGUUUAUCGUGGGCCCUGGAGGCUCCCAUCUGCUCGAGGGAGGCUGGCAAGCCUGACUGAGGACCAUCUGCCCCCAGGGGCUGUGUCCUCUUCCCACUCCCCUCAAAGCCACCACCUGGGCCAGGGACCCAGAAGCCUGUGGGAUGUGGGAGAGCAGGGUGGGCGCUGAGGAAUGGAAGAGCCCUUGUGCCCAGAGGACCCGCCUGGUGCCAAGGGAUCCCAACACCGACAAGCAGGGACUUGUCUCCAGAGAGAGAAGCAUGAUAUUCACAGGGUGGGACAGCGUCGGCUGGAUUUCCUGUAAAGGUGUGCAGCCCAAAAGAUAGGAAGAGAAGGCCCCUGGGCCUGCUGGUCUGCACUGACAGCCCGGGCGUCUACAGCCUCCACUCACCUGAGUGCCCUCUGCUGGUUGCCAGGCAGAGGUGGGUAGGCCAACCCUGCCCUCAGGACCUGCCUGGCUUGGCUCCUGAUGCCAAGGGGAAGGUCAGGCUCUGGCCUUGCCCCACCUUCCCUCCAGCCCUGCCACAGCUUCUCUGGGAGGCUGCGCAGAGGCUCCCCUCAUGAAGGAAGCCAUUGCACUGUGAAUACUGAACCUGCCUGCUGAACAGCCUGCCCCGUCCUUGCCCAUGAACGAACAUCUGUCCGUCCUCCCACCCCUCUGGCCUCUCCCCAUUCUCCUACACUGAGUGCCUGAGCCGGCCUCGCCUGUCUGUCGACUGAGGGAGCCCCUAAGCCCUGACCUUCUGCUGACCCGGCCGUUGAGUCUGCUGGGGGUGGAUCAGGGUGGGAGAACUGCCUGGGCCGCCAGCUAGAGCUGGUCUUUAGGCUGCGUUGCUAGAGCUGGUCUUUAGGCUGCGUUGCUCGCCCAGGUUUCUGCAUCUUGCACUUUGACAUUCCCAAGAGGGAAGUGACUAGUGGGAGGGAGAAGGGGAGGGGAGGGCAGAGACAGACACAGAGAAAGGCUGCAGGGUGAGCUCUGACUGAAAUGGGUCUUUGAAAUUAUGGGUAUGCCCCUGAGGUUGGGGGAGGCAUCUGCACCCCUGACCCCCAACCCAAUCUCCUUCCCCAUACCAGGCCCCUGACCCAAAGACAGCCACAAGGCUACUGCCGGCAGGCGCCCAGAGCUGAGCAGGUUGUCCCUGUUAGCAGCCGGUUAGGCAGUGAUACCCUCCAGCUCUCACCCCACCCCCAUACCACCAUCUCUCUGACCAGGCAAGCCAUGGCCGGAGAGGGACCAGGAGGGCCCAGGCAUCUGCUUCCAAGUCUGCCUUGAGGGCCUCAGCUUUCUAGGCCAGCCCAUGGCCACGGCUCUGAGAGCUGGGCAGCAGGUAACAGGGCUGCCGAUUGUCCUUGAUCCUUCUGUGCUGCAGUGUCCCUCCUCUCCUGCUGCCCUGGACCCUCCGCUGAGAGACCCCGACCUACCUGGCCACUGGGCUGGAGCCCAUGACCUUCCCUUCCUGCCCUUGAAAGUGAGAGUCCACUGGCCCCCACCUCCCCUGCCUUGUGGCCGUCAGCUGAAGGAGAGACAAUGGAGAACUUUCCUGUGGGGCGCCUUCUUCUAGUCAUAGACUCUUUAUUUGAUACUAGAAUAUAUGUAUUUAAAAGUGGAAGAAAAAAACACAGAAAGAAGUCAUUCCUCCCCUACCCCCUACCCUUAAACAUAUAGUAUUUUAAAAAUCAAGAAAUCAAACCCAACCCAUUGCAGAAGCUCUCUGUGGGCGCUUGGUGACACAAGAGUGUGAGGGGCCCCAGAGCAACCUCUGGGUGGCUCCCCUGGCUACCUACACAGCAACCCUUUCUUUUCUCUGAGAAAGCCGAGAGGGAACAUUGGCUCACGCACUGUGAGAUUUUGUUUUUAUACUUGGAAGUGGUGAAUUAUUUUAUAUAAAGUCAUUUAAAUAUCUAUUUAAAAAAUAGGAAGCUGCUUAUAUAUUUAAUAAUAAAAGAAGUGCACAAGCUG